CUGCGCCACACCUCCGCUAUAAAUUGCUCCAUGUGAUCCGCCUGUUGCCACUUUGUAAUCUGCCUCCGAGGAUUUGUUUACGCACGGAGGACGCGCAGAGGAGCAACAUGAAGCCCGUCGUGGGGAACAUCCUGAUUUUAUCGUUCACUUUACUCGCUUCAGCGGCUCAGCCGCCCAAGAAGUGCGGCGCACCGGUCGUGUACCCGCACACCAAGCUGGCCAGCAAAUACAGCGGCAGGCAGCACUUCAACAUCGGGGAGAAGAUUUAUUAUGACUGCGCAGACGACUUCACCGCCUCCUCCAGAUCCAUUCGAGCGGUGCAGUGUCUUCAGGGAGGCUGGAGCAGACUGAACUUAAAGUGCGAAAAGAGAUCAUGUGGCAACGCCGGGGAGCUGGCCAACGGAGAGUUCCACUAUGAAGGGGACUCGCUGAUUGGGGAGAAAGUUUAUGCCGUAUGCAACGAGGGAUACACGGUGAAGGGACUUAACUACAUGGUCUGCAAGAGGGCUGGCUGGAGCGGCGACGUCCCAAUUUGUGAAGAGGGUCGGCCCACCUGCUCCCCCCCUGUGGUGGUCAACGCUGUGAGCAGCCGCGGAGACGUCUCUGUGCACCAGGUGGGCGACAGCGUGACCUUCACCUGCAGUCGGGGCUUCCAGCUGGACGGAGCACAGCAGAUCACGUGUGGCGCCGGUGGCCAGUGGCAGCCUGAACCCCCUCGGUGCCUGCCUUCACCUGAAACGACCCGGUCACCUGCUGAAACUGUGUCACCCGCUAGACCUCUGUUACCUGCUGAACCUCUGUUACCUGCCAAACCUCUGUUACCUGCUGAACCUCUGUUACCUGCCAAACCUCUGUUACCUGCCAAACCUCUGUUACCUGCCAAACCUCUGUUACCUGCUAAAGACAGCGAGUCAGCAGGUGGAUGUGGCGUGCCAGUUGCCAGCAGCAGCUCCCACACCAGCCUGGCAGACAAAUACAUCCUGAGGACAUCUUUUGGGUCCGAUGAGCGAGUCCAGUACGUGUGUGUCGUCGGAUACAUCCAGGCAGGCGGCAGCAGGUAUCGCACGUGUAGAAGAGGGCAGUGGACGCCGCUGCGGCUGAGAUGUGAACGGAAGCCAUGCGGCUCAGCAGGAGAGAUCCUAAAUGGCUGGUUUGAUUACAGCGGAGUCGAGUUUGGAGACACGGCUACAGCCGUCUGUGACGAGGGGUAUAAUCUCGUGGGAAAGGCAACCAGAACCUGCACGAGUAAAGGCUGGGAUGGCCGCAUUCCUGUCUGUGAAGCUGUGCAGUGUGAUGAGCCUCCACAAGUGAUGAAUGCAGAUAUGAGAGGCCCCCACGAGCCGCCUUACUCGUACAGGACUGUUGUCCGCUAUCAGUGUCGUGCGGGAACCCUCAGCGGAUCAAGUGAGAUUUGGUGUACCGAGGACGGGACAUGGAGUUCUCCUCCUACAUGCAAAGAAAUGACAUGUCCACCUCCAAGAGUGCCCAGGGGCUCCUGGGCAGGAGCUCAUAAUGGGCUGUAUCAAUUCAGGGACACCAUAUCCAUCGAGUGUGAAAAGCCUUACAAGAGGACCGGCCCAAGAGUGGUUACCUGUGGGAGUGAUGGCCAGUGGUCCCCUGGCCUCCCAAAAUGUUUAAGCCUAGGACCUCGCACAUACAGGUACAAGCCAACCGGGUAGAACCAUUCACCAGCAGAGGACGGAUAGUCUCUUAAGCUAGCUUCACAAUGUCUUCCUGCUCAAAUAAAUACUUUUUUUAUAUAUAUAUAAUUAAAAGCCCCUUUAAUACUGCA